UGCUUUUCGAGAGCUACAUACUUAUCGCACUCGCGGAAUAAGCUCUGACAUGGACACGACGGCGAAACCGUAUGGGCCCGAAGAUGCAGAGUCCGGACCUGUUUGAGCGUCUUCCGCGGCCAAAAUCCCGACCCCAACGACUGGGAUCGUGCGAUUCCUGCUUUCGAGGUUGUGAUGCCCAACCACCUCCAGUGGGCCUACUUAACGGCGUUCCUCGUCACAUUCUUCUCUCUCAUCGCUGUCUCUAAGAUCAUUAACGGGAAGCUCAAGGAGGCCGGUUACGACAUUUCACGCCUUAUCCUCGUCGGCCUACCACCUAGAGAGGACACGAUGUCGGCACAAGAUGGCUCGUCUAGCUCUCCGUCUGCACCAGCAGGGCUCUUGGAAGGGAAUGCCACGCAGUUGCUUGCGCUCGGCAUGGCCGUGGUGACGAGUUUCUUAAUCUACCGAAAGUUCGGUGCAGCUCAAAAGAAGACGCCUGUACUUGAUCCAGCGAAAUGGCAGGAGUUCCCGCUGAAGGAGAAGGUACAAAUCUCUCCGAACACUGCGAUCUACCGUUUCGCCCUUCCCCAUCCCGAUGAUGUCCUUGGGCUGCCCAUUGGCCAGCACAUCUCAGUCUCGGCUGAAAUCAACGGGAAGGACAUCAUGCGUAGCUACACGCCGACGAGCAGUGAUGACGACCGGGGACACUUCGACCUGCUCAUCAAGGUGCGUUCUCAACCCGCCGCCCGCCGCCUUACUAACGCCCCGCUGCAGUCGUACGAGAAGGGCAACAUCUCGCGCUACGUCUCCCUCCUCAAAAUCGGCGACAAGGUCCGCGUGAAGGGCCCCAAGGGCCAGUUCACCUACAAGCCCUCGCAAUGGCGCGUCCUGGGCAUGAUCGCGGGCGGCACGGGUAUCACGCCCAUGCUGCAGGUCAUCCGCGCAGCGCUCAAGAACCCGAGCGACCACACCGCGCUCAACCUCAUCUACGCGAACGUGAACUUCGAGGACAUCCUGCUCAAGAAGGAGCUGGACGAGCUCGCCGCGCUGCACCCGAACCGCUUCAAGGUGUACUACGUGCUCAACAACCCGCCCGAGGGAUGGACGGGCGGCGUCGGCUUCGUGUCGAAGGACCAGGUCGAGAACUGGAUGCCGGCGCCGAACCCGCAUAACGAUAUCAAGAUCAUGAUGUGCGGGCCGCCACCGAUGAUGACUGCUAUGAAGAAACACCUCGCAGAACUCACCUAUUCGGCUCCUCGGACCGUCAGCAAGCUCGAUGACCAGGUCUUCAUUUUCUAGGUUUUCUGGCGUGUUCGGUGGCGUCUGGAUGUUCUUGGAUUGUAGAAGUUCUCUGGUAUGCUGGUACACACAUUCCUAAUGCACAAAACCCGCUGUUGUCCCGAUGCUCCUGUGCGUGUUGUGCGUAAGAGGGUCACGGCCUUCUGGCGGGCUAUCGCAACAGAGUUGGCAGUCUCAAUGCUGCCGUAUACCAGCUGUCUCGGCGUAGCUGGUGCCGACACAACAGUUGCCAUAAUGCAACACAGCGGCUCUUUCGUGACCUUGACGUUCUGUCACGCGUCAUUGAGUUG